GUGGGUUUACGGCGGAAGCCAAUGUCGGUGCGGGCGGCAGGCGAGGCCGAGGCUUGCGGCCUGUGCGGGGGCCCCGGAGCCCGGUACACCUGCCCCCGCUGUAAUCAGCCUUAUUGCUCGUUACCCUGCUACCGGCGUCCGGAGCACCAGGCCUGCGCUGAACUUUUCUACCGUGACGCGGUGCUAUCAGAGCUGAGGGGAGCGCAGGCGGACGGCGCCGAGCGGCAGCGGCUCCUUGACGGCUUAAGAUGGCUGCGGGAGACCGAGGACAUGGAUCCGGAUCCGGAUCCGGACCCGGACCUGGACCCUUCCGCCUCCACCUCCCGCCUUUGGGCCGCCCUCAGCGACCGCCAGCGGAGCGACUUCGAGCGCCAGCUGCAGAGCGGCGAGGCCGCGGCCUGGCUGCGCGAGUGGAGGCCGUGGUGGGAGCGCAAGGUGGUGGAAGAAGUUGAGACCAGUGGGAAAAUCCAGGAUGAGCGCCCUGUGGUCGGCAGCGCAGAGAAGGACAGAGGGACAGAAAUGGACCUGGAACCUGAGUGGGAGACAGAUGAGGCCGUUCCUCCUGUCUGCACCAAUAUCGCUCCUCUGGAGACUCUGACUGCCAGGCCAUCCCCCCUCAUCUCAUAUAGUGUGGUCAACGUUCUCUAUGCCUACGCGUUCUCCAUGAGACUUGUCAACGGGGACGUGGUGGGAGAGAUGCGGCAGGAGUUUGUGGAGACGGUGAUGGCCAUUUCGGAGACUCUGAGUGCCAACAGCGUGUACACGUCCACCGCCAGCGCUCUGCAGGCUGGUGCUGAGUCCGUUCGCAACUGCCCCUCUGCUUCCAAUCCCUUCCAGGCUGUGAGGGCGAUGGAGGACACAUCGGCCCUCCUCGCUGGGAGCAGUGGGCUCCACACCCUGGCCGCACUCUCCCACCUUGGCCGCAUCCUCGGCAAGGCCCAACGAUGCCAGCAGAGGAAGCCCAGCAAAGACUAUUGCUACAGAGCUCGGAAGAAAUGCAUGUUCCUCCUGUCCUGGGUGAACGAGAAGCGGCUCACUCUGGCCAUCCUGUCCUUGGAAGCACAGCAAGAGUUCACGGCCUCCCUCCGUCACCUGCUCCACGUGGAGGAAGGAAAAUCAAAGCUGGAGAAGGCCUGGGGUGCAAAACGUCCGCCGGAGAAGAAGGUGUUAAUUGAGGAACUGGAUUCCUGAUCCCUGUGU